AAAUGUUUUUCUCCCAUCCGCCUCCGUGCUGUAGCGGGACACCGGCGGCCAUUAUUUGAUCCGCCGCAGACGCAUCCCAUCCCCCCGUGACCCCCGGCGACUUUCUUCUUCUUCCUCCUCGUGCUGCUCCGGAGAGAAUAAAUAAACAAAUGGCCGGCGUCGGGUCGGCGGUGCGGCGGCUCUACCUCUCCGCCUACAACUGGGUCGUCUUCUACGGAUGGGCGCAGGUGCUCUACUAUGCGAUCACGGCGCUACUGGGGGACGGCCACGAGGGCGUCUACGCCGCCGUCGAGCGCCCGCUGCAGCUCGCUCAGACCGCCGCCGUCAUGGAGAUUCUUCAUGGGCUUGUAGGGUUGGUGAGGUCUCCAGUCACUGCAACCCUUCCACAGAUAGGAUCAAGAUUGUUUCUUACAUGGGGCAUCUUGUGGAGCUUUCCCGAGACACAGUCGCAUAUUCUCGUAUCUUCGUUGGUCAUAAGCUGGUCUAUCACUGAGAUCAUUAGAUAUUCUUUCUUCGGCUUGAAGGAGACGCUUGGAUUCGCACCUUCCUGGCUUUUGUGGCUUAGGUAUAGUACAUUUAUGAUAUUGUAUCCUACCGGUAUCUUUAGUGAGGUCAGUCUGAUCUACAUCGCUCUGCCUUACAUGAAGGUAUCCGAGAGGUACUUUCUUAAGAUGCCUAACAAGUGGAAUUUUUCCUUUGACUACUUUUACACAUGUGUUAUCGCCAUAGGUGUCUAUAUUCCAGGUGGGCCACACAUGUUCACGUACAUGCUUGCCCAGAGGAAGAAGGCACUGUCAAAGGCAAAGACUGCAUGAGAUUUGUUGGUAGUCUUGUACCUGGAGCAUGCAAUGCACACCAUACAAUCUCAUGCUGUACAAGAGUAGUUGGUGUGAACUGAAUUACUCGGCAUGUGUUGUAACAACGAUGAUUGUCUGAUCUCCCACGGUUGAAUUGAUCAUUGAUCAAACUCUGCAUUGAGCCAAUGAUUAUGGCCAUCGGAUAAAAACAAUAUUCAUCUUUAGAAGUGCUCAUCCAUUAUGAGCCAAUGGCUAGAUCUCAUCUUAACAAGGAAAAACUUUGUGGAGCAAUUGGUACAUUGAUUAUUCGAGAGGACUUGUGCUGUCUUUA